AUGGAAUGCGGUGUUGUUUCCCGUGUGCGACCGUAUAAAUGCGGCUUGUGCGAGAAGUCCUUCACGCAGCGAUGUUCCCUGGAGUCCCACUGCUUGAAGGUGCACGGCGUUCAGCACAAAUACUCGUAUAAGGAGCGGCGUAUGAAGGUAUACGUGUGUGAAGAGUGUGGACACACGACGACGCAACCGGAGCUGCAUUACGUGCACUUGAAGGAAAACCAUCCGUACUCGCCGGCGUUGUUGAAAUUCUACGACAAGAGGCAUUUCAAGUUCAACAACCAAUCUUUCGCCAACAUUCUGCUGCAAGUUCGAUAAUCUCCGGCUCGGUUUUAUUUUAUUACGUUUUUUGUGGUAAUCAUUUGUGUCGGUUUGCGUCGCGAGAGAGAAAGAGAAAGAGAGGCUCGGUGACGAAUCCGCUGGGGGUCCCAAAAAGAAAAGAAGAAUUUUUUGAAGAAAAAAAUGAGAAAUCACGGUUUAUUGCUAGGCUUAGGUGCGAGGAAAGAAAAUAGGAAAAAAGAAAGAAGAAAAACGUGGAGGAAAGAAAGCUUUUUGCGCCCUGUUUUACAUUAGUCGAAGGCGUGCGAAGAGACGAAAUUUUUUCCGCGGAAAUUUUUUUCAUUUAUAUUCCACGAGCAGCUUGCUGAUGCUUUUUUUUUUUGCCUUCCUUCUCCUCCGUUUUUCCUCGUUCAAAUUCAAGAAUUUUUUUAUUCAUUCGAAAGAGAGACCAAGUGGCCUUGAAGGCUUCGCAGGAGUAAAAGAGUUAACUUUCAACUCUUGCGAAAGACUCCUGUGUGCCUCGACAGUGUGUUUUGUUGUUAAGGGGAAGAGAGAGUUUGAACAGGGGAUCGGAUUUGCUGUGAUUUUUCUUUAGCUUCGAGUGGGGAAGAGUCGAACGCGUGGCCUGAGUGGUUGUCUCCGUCGUAAAAGCGUCUAGAGGGUUGUUUCUAGAUGGUACAAAUAGUUUUUUUUUUCUUUGACACCCGCUGAAAACUCCUUUUUAUUGUGUGCGUCCCAAAUUUUUUGUGUUUGAUUCGGUGUGAGUGUAUAUACUACGGGUUUGUAAUGGGCUAGGACACGGAGCAAGUUAUUAACGAUGCUGUAAUUUGCAGGAGGGGAUUUAGGAAAGAAAAGGAAAAAGCGGCAACAAAUCACGAAGUCUUCCAUAUAAGUUGCCUGAUUUUAGGAGCGAUUUGCGAAACUGGAUGCUUGCUGAGAUCGGCGCGUCGCGGUUUUGCGUGUUGCCUUGAGUUCCUUGCUUUCAAAAAAAAUGACUUUCUUGAGAGGCCUUCUAAGUUUCAGUUUGAAAGUGGAAUGUUUCUGGCGAUUUAAUGUUGGUUGUGUGUUUGUUUUCUCCUUUUUUUCGUGUUGCCGUCGUAACGGUCGAGUGUCCUUUGAAUCUGCGAAACGAGGCUCUUUCUUUUUUUUUUUUUUUGGCGCUCGAGGAGGAAUAUUUUCUAAAUGCUGUACAUCCGUUCGGAAAUGGAUCGAUGAAAGAGUCUUCGUUGGGAACCCGAUGCCUUUUAUCAAUUCAGUGAUACGGUUGGUUCAUAGGUCUACCUCUCGAGGGUCGCGACGAUUCCCUUUGUUGAUUUUUGUUCCCUCCUUUCUUGAAGGACCGAUGUCUUGUUGCGUUUUUUGUGUGCCCAGGGCGACUUUGCAGUAGCUUGUAGUCGGUUUCACAAACGAGGUUUCUAUUUUUUUCCUUUAUUUUUCUGGGCGUUUCAUUCCAUUAUCGAAUCUUGCAACAAAGACUGUUGAGCCAAAUCGCGAUUAUUCCGAUUAUGACCCUAUGUACUGCAACCGCUGUGAAGUCUCCGUUGUGAUACGGCUUCCACCAGGUCACAAGGAAGGUAACUAUUCGCGUCCUAUACUUCAAUUGGGAUAAAAAAGAAAACUAUUUGACUUCGACCUCUAUUUUUUUCGGGAUUGUUGAGAGCGUUCAUCGAAGGAGAUGAGAUUGCGAUGAAAGGAUUCGCUCCCAUUUGGCUUUUGUUACUCGCUGUUUGAUGUCCAUUUUCUUGUGGGAUUCCAACGAUUUCUUCCUUGAUCGCUGUACAGAAAUACAGAAACGAGAAUCUAUUCCGUUUGGA